AUGAAAUUUUCAACUGUCUUAGGUGUCGCUUCAAUCUUUGUUACUACUCAAGCUGCUGUUGUUGCUCCAAAUGUUGCUGCUAGAGAUGAUGCAGUUGCAACUCCAACAUCAGCAACUUUCCCAUGGGUUUCUGAAGUCCCAUCAGUCUUAGCUGAUGUUUUCAAAGCUUUUAACGAAUCAGAAUCAGAAAUUAACGACUUGGUUCAAGAUGCUUUAACUUAUUUAAACUUACCAUCAUCAGGUAACUCAAAAAGAGAUGAAUCAGUUGAUUCAAAAGGUAACCAAUUAGGAAGAACUUUAUUAUCAGUUUAUGAAAAACAUGGUGUUUCUGCUGAUGAAGCUUAUGUUGUUUCUGGUGCUGUUGUUGGUGCUUUAUAUGAAAAGAAAGAUAUCACUUUACAAGAGGCUGGUGAUAUUUUGGCUAAUGUCAUUGUAAAAUACAAUACCAAAGGUCUUGAAGUAUUAGUUCUCAUUACUCAUUUAGCAAGAGAAUGGACAAGAAAAGGUUUAAACAUUUCAACUACUGAUUUAUUCAAUGCUAUUAUUGCUGAUGAAAAAGUUCUUAUUCCAGGUGCUUCAUCGGUUGGCCCAUCGUCAAUCCCAUCAGCUUUAUAA